UUUACUUAGAGUAUUUGGUGACAUCUGGAGUUCUUAUAACUACUUCAGCCCCUAAAAAUGUUGUUUUUGUUCUUAAUGAGAAUAUGAGAAGGAAUGCUUAUAAGUGGAGUCGUCUCGGCACAGUUUGCUGCUGACUUCCAUCACUGCAAUGUCUGCUCUCAACGCUCUCCGAUCCUCAAAACUUAUCUCCUGGAAGCCCACCGGGAGGCUUCAACAAACCCUAGCAGGAUGUGUGGAGCGGAAGGGAAACUCAUUGCAUUCAGGAAAACUUUCGAAGGUGAGAUUGUGUCCUGGAUUUGCAGGUCAAGGAAGGUACUUCGAGUUUCGUUCGAAUUCGAUUCCUGCUUCGGUUGAAUUUGCUCAGGUUUCUCCUCUAUGUACUACUCUCUGUAAAGAUGGUUUGAGAAUUCGGACUGUGGAGCAUUUGCUUUCUGCUUUGGAGGCUGCUGGGGUUGACAAUUGUAGGAUUCAGAUAGAGAAUUUGGAUGACUGUGCUGAUGAUGUUGAGAUUCCUAUAUUUGACGGGUCGGCAAGGGAAUGGGUGGCAGCCUUGGAAGAAGUUGGUUUAGAGAUAGCAACUGAUGUUGAUGGAAAAAGCUGCGAGAAAAUAGCUCCACAUGUGAAUGAACCAGUGCAUGUUUGGAAGAAUGAUUCUUUUGUUGCUGCAUUUCCUUCGGAAGUGGUUCAAGUAACUUAUGGCAUAAACUUUCCACAGGCACCUGCUAUUGGCCUCAAGUGGUUUCCUACAACCCCCUUGGACGAUUUGGUUUAUUCCACGCAAAUAGCUCCUUCAAGAACCUUCUGCAUCUAUGAGGAGGUUGAGCAAAUGCGCAAUGCUGGACUUAUCAAAGGGGGCUCUCUGGAAAAUGCCAUUGUGUGCAGUACAAGCAAAGGCUGGUUGAAUCCACCUCUUCGUUUCAGUGAUGAACCAUGUCGUCACAAGAUUUUAGAUCUUAUUGGUGAUCUCUCCCUGUUUGCUCAGUUUGGAAAUCAAGGACUCCCAGUGGCACACUUUGUAGCUUACAAGGGUGGCCAUGCAUUGCAUGUAGAUUUGGCACGCCGACUGAUGGGAAUGACGUGAAAUGCUGGCAUGUUUCCUCUGAUAAACAAGAACCUAUUGCAAAUUUUGGUGAAUUUGUUGCUGAAGUUCAAUCUUAUGCUUUUGAGCUCCUCUGCAGCCAUGGUGGGAUACUGAAAUGCAUAGUCUCUCUUUAGGAACCGACAGAGAGGUUAAGAAGGCCAAGUCCUCCCAAGUAUUGCUGCCACCACUUUGUCCACUUAUAAUGAAAGCGUCCAAGCAGAAAUUUUAUAAAAGAAAGUAGUUCAAUUUCUUAAUUAUAUGAAUUUCAAAUAUUAAAGGAAAACCAUUUAGCCAGAAUCACAAUCAAUAAUGUUUGGAUAUCAUUUGAUAAAAUGAUCAAAUGAUUUAUGUAUCAGUCCUAUCAUUACACUCAGUAGGGAUUAAUAAUUAAAUUUCUUAAUACCAAUAUACAGGCUAAAGUGGAGAAAGAAUUGGAUUGUGGAAUUGCAUGACCA